CUUAUGUUGAAACGUAAACAAUAACACAAUGUCGUUGAACCGAAACCAAGUAAUCGUCCUGCAGGCGGGUUACUCUCACAUAGAUGCCACUGAUGCUAGUGCCAUGCGGGCUAACUGCAGCUGCACCUUGAUACGCUGCCGCGAUGGCACCAAUAUAAUUGUAGACACAUUCACUGCCUGGGAUGGUGAGCAUUUAACGUCUCUUUUGGCUGCGCAAGGCUUGCAAGUAGAUGAUAUACAUGUGGUGAUCUGCACACAUGGUCACUCGGAUCACGUUGGCUGCAAUUAUCUGUUUCGGCGGGCGCGACUGCAUAUGAUUGGCUCUUGUGCCUCAAAGCAUGAUUUGUACUUGAAUCAUGAAGGCGCGUUGGACGCCAAUGGAGAAGUGUUGGUGGAGAAAACGCCUGGACAUACGCUAAGCUGUGUGUCUGUGCUUGUACACAAUACGCAGCUGGGCGGCACUGUGGGCGUUUGCGGCGAUCUCUUCGAGCGAUGUGAGGAUGUAGAUGAUGAAAAUAUUUGGUUGACAGCGGGCAGUGAGAACGAGAAGAGCCAGGCGCAGGAGCGAUAUCGCAUGGCACAGUUAUGCAGCUUUAUAGUGCCUGGACAUGGGCCGAUGUUUGCCGUGGAUGAGUUGAUAUGUGCCAAACUAAAGCAGCUUGCUGAAAAAUAUGCGUAAAAGGUAACAUUUUUUGAGCACAGC